AUGUUUAAAAACGUGUUUCGAUUUGGUUGACUAAUUAGGACCGUACAUGUCAUCCUUACAUGGGUUAUCACACUGAUACUAUUCUUACAGGACACUGAUAUGCAAAGACAAGAGGUGAGUGGAGAGUUUAUGCAGCAUGUGGUGUUUUCCUUGCUGGUCCUGCUGUCAGUGAUGCUGUAUUACACUCUCUCUGAUGCACCUGGGCUUUGUUCACUCUGUGUCAAGUGUGCUCAGGGCUCAAGUGAAGAAUUGGAGAUGAUACCUCAAAACCCCACUCCUUGUCUGUGCCAGUGUGGCUCCUUUUUACUAACAGGUAGGACAGCGGCUAAGUACUGCCAGACCUGUAAACACUGUAUAUGGGGGUUUGACCAUCACUGUCCAUGGAUAGAGAAUUGUGUGGGUGAGAGGAACUACCGCAGGUUCAUCAUCUAUCUGGCUGUGCAGCUGCUUGCUCUACUCUGGGCCCAUCAGAUUGCUUGGUCAGGUUUCCUUUCAGCCGCCACUUGGAAACUGUGGCUCAGUGUGAAUGGGUUUCUGCUGGCGGCGCUGUGUGUUGUCUUGGUGGUGGUCCUGCUCCUGGGCUGCCACCUCUAUCUGAUCUCCAUCAACUCCAACGCCUGGGAGUUCAUGUCCCAGUUCAUGUCCUGCUACCAGAUGUGCUACAGAAACGGCCACUCCUAG